AGAUCAGUCAACCAUGGCAGAGGGAGAAGCAGUAGAUCCAGAUUGGUAUGGAUAUGAGUGUAAGUCAGGACAGAUUUUGUUUUACUACAACAAAACAACAGGAGAACAUGCACAGAUGGGCAGGUGGUGAUCAUAUUACCAUGACAGAAGUAGAUAAAAAAGAUCCAGAUUGGUGUGGAUAUCAAUGCAAGUCAAAACAGACUCUGUUCUACUAUAACAAGACAACAGGACAACACAGAUGGGCAGGUGGUGAUSAUGAACUCAAGAAUGAUAUUCAGCAAUCAGAGAUGCAGUGCASACAGACUGAUGAAUGUGGCUGUGCUAAUGGACAUACAAAAAAAAGCCCAGAUAAACAUGUAAAACAAGAAGACUCRGUAACAUUGGACGGCAGUAGUUGCUCAGGUUGGACAGAUGAAAAGGGGCUUCCCCAAGAAGAAGAAGAACGUAACGACUGUGAGAUCUUAGAAACAGAAGGUGUCCGCGUUCGCAAGGGUAUAAAAACAUACGAGUGUAUGUACUGCGACAAUACAUUUGGUACGCAACAGCAUCUAGAGAACCAUGAACGCAUCCACACAGGCUCGAAGCCGUUCAAGUGUAAAUAUUGUAACAAGGCAUUUAGACAAAAAACCACUUUAAUGAAACAUGAACGUAUCCAUACAGGCGCCAAACCAUACAAGUGUUCGUAUUGUACCAAAGAAUUUACGAGAAAAGAUUGCCUUCAGAGCCACGAACGUACCCAUACAGGUGACAAGCCAUAUAAAUGUACAUACUGCGACAAGGCAUUUAGUCAACUGAGUUCUCUAAAGGAUCACAAACGUAUCCAUACAGGUGUCAAACCAUACAAGUGUACAUACUGUGACAAGGCAUUUAGAAAAGCGAGUCAUAUGAAAUCUCAUGAAAGCACCCAUACAUGCAACAAACCGCAUAAAUGUACAUACUGUAACAAGGCAUUUUCAGAAAAACGCUAUCAAAAAAGACAUGAACGUAUCCAUACAGGUGUCAAACCAUUUAAGUGUACAUACUGUGACAAGGCAUUUAGAGUACAGAGCUGUCUAACAAGGCAUGAGCGAACCCAUACAGGAGUCAAACCGUACAACUGUACAUACUGUGAAAUGGUAUUUGCUAACCACGUUAGUCUACAGUACCAUGAACGUGUCCAUACAGGUGUCAAACCACACGUAUGCACAUACUGUAAUAAAGCAUUUAGACAACCACAACACUUAAGGGGACAUGAACGUAUCCACACGGGUGUGAAACCUUACAAAUGUACAUAUUGUGACAAGGCAUUUUCACACAAGGAAUCCCUAGUUAUACAUGAACUUACUCAUACAGGAGUCAAGCCACACAAAUGCACAUACUGUAGUAGGACAUUUAGAGAUAAAAGUGGUCUAAAGAAACAUGAGCUUCUUCAUGAGGGUAUCAAACCAUACAAGUGUAAAUUAUGUGGCAAGGCAUAUGUUGAUGCAACUGGUCUUAAGUAUCACAGAAGUACACAUACAAAUGCCAAACCGUACAAGUGUGCAUACUGUAAGAGACCAUUUACACAUCAGCUUGCUCUAAAGAAACAUGAACGUACCCAUAAAGGUGUCGAACAAUAAAAGUGUACAUAUUGUAAGAAGGCAUUUACACAACAGUGUGGUCUAAGGCCCCGUCCACACUAUGCCGGAUAAAUUUGAAUCCGAAUUUUUAUUUAUUCGGUUAGGCCUACCGUCCACGCUAGUCCGGGUGAAUCCGAAAUAAUUCUUCACCGAAAACGAUUUUUUUCCAAUACGGUCUCCAGAGUGGAACAAUCUGAAAACACCGGCUAGCCGUAUUAGUGUGGACGGAGAACAUUUCGUACCCGAAAUUUUUCGAAUACAAUGACGCCAUGAUUGUCAUGGCAACAUGGCGGGAAGGCUAAAGACUCACCGCAGGCUGAAUUUCAGCUUCCAUGUGCAUGCUCAGAUGUGCAAUGAAGCGUUUUUGCCGCCUCUGAUCGGACUAGUGUGGACGCGAAACAUUUUUUCAUGUGUGGACGGAAAACUUUUUUUUUUCGGUUUCGGUGUGAAAGUUGCGGAUUCAAAUUUAUYCGGCAUAGUGUGGACGGGGCCUAAAGAUACGUAAUCAUGCAGGUGUCAAACUAUACAAGUGUACAUACUGCGAUACGGCAUUUACACAAUGGGGCAACAUGACGAAACAUGACGAGACAUGAACGUACCCAUACUGUAGUACAGAAUUGAAUUCACAAAAUGUGUAAACUAAUAACAAAGUUUUUUACGUUUUUAACUCAGAGGAUGAUACUCGGCUAUCCCAAUUGCCUUUGCGAGCUUAUGAUUGUUUUCUUUAAUUUCAACCGGUUUAUCUUUCUCUAAUGAUACUUCUGCUGCUACCGACACUAAUAAUAAUUUCGCAAUACAUGAUGGGGUAACCCUGAAUCAUCCUCUGUUGUCAACUUAUCUUUAUYAAUCGAAUCAAUUGAAUUUCACAGUUUUCUACUUUUUUAUACAAUACAAAUAAGAAGGAACCGUUAACAGAUACAGAAUACCUACUUUUGGACGCUGACUUUAGGUUCUAUACCCCUUGCACUAAAUCCCCACAAAGGGGUGAAAACAGAAAUUAUAACAUCAGAAAUGUUUUAAAUCCUAUAACGAAAUUAUUUUGCUUUGACCUGAAGAUUGGAAAUUAGUGCAAAGGGUUAAUUCAGUAUCAAGUCAAAACAAUAGUUUAUGAGUUUGAAAUGUAAUAUAUUUUUAUAAACACCCGUUGGUGCUGGAAGAAAAGUUGGGAAGGAAUUAGUAAUUUUGAAGAAAACUAUAUUGUUUUGUAUAAUUUUAUGCAAUCUUUUAUAYGAUAAUUAAAAGGAAUUCUUUACGAAAA